GUUGUAUAAUAUAACAGGAAAGCUUUCUACGAUAGUUCAAUUGAAAAUGUCCCUUGCAAUAACAUAUUAUUGAAAAUUUAUUUGUCGUCAUAGGCAUUAUCAGUUCUCUCAUAAUUGAAGAUGCCAUUGUAUUACAUGUCAUUGUUUUUUUUUCUUGUCGAUGUUAAACAUUAUUAAUGUACACCCAAACUAUUCGGUUCAUGAAAUUUUGAUACGAUCAAAAUUUUUCUCUGCCCUGGGAGGACUGUGGUGACACGGUUGCUGUGUGGUCAACCGUGACACACGGUCAAGUGUUGAGUAUCGAGAGUUAGGGGACUUGGGGGAAGUGACUAGUGUGUAAACACGAGAGAGAGAAAGGUCAGCGAGUGAAGCAGGAGAUCUGUACAUAACGUUGCCGUGUAUAUAUAUGUAUUUGUUAAAAUGUUCCACAAUUAAAAAGACACUUUAAACAUCUACAAUACAUAGAUCAAUAUAUCUAUAAGUGUGGACUAUAUAGGGACAUGAAGCUCAUCUAUUGGUAGGACACAGAAGAACAUCUUAAGUCAACUUGAAUUCAAUGCUGGAAGUUGGAAGGUAUCUCUCCUAAGGUGCGGUAAUGGUUGAGGAUGCAAGUUCCUACUCUGAAGCAUUUUUCACACCUUACUUUAAUUCAGUGCCUGGUUAAUGCAGAUAGCCCCAGCUUGUGGCUUGGGUCUAAGUGCUUAGCUUUGCUGAAACAGUUAGACCAUGGCUCAUGGGGAGAAGAGAGCAAUGAACUGUUACGUAGGCUGGUCAAAUAUUAUAAGCACAAAGUUACUUCAAAGCUGGUUGAGGCCUUGCUUCCUUCAAAUGCAAAGACAUUGUGUUUAAAAUCCUGUAAUCAAAUAACUGGAGAUUGUCUUAACAAGAUACUACACAGAUGCACUCAUCUUGUGUCAUUGGAUCUGUCUGCACUACCUGAUUUGAAUUUUCAUUUGGUGGGGCUGUUUUCAUUAGACAAUGGUUGCAAGUAUGGGACUCUGACAGUUGUUGACCUAGACGGUUGCACACAAGUGACAGACACAGUAGUGCAGAAUCUACUGCGCAAUGCAACAUCACUGCAAAGUCUGAACAUAGCCCAAACUAACAUAACAGACAAAGUGUUUUUGAUGGAUGAAGUCAAGCAGCUAGCAAGGGAAGCUUUAAUAGAGAUUCCAGGGCUUACAGAAACUUAUGACUGUAUUUUACAAACAUUAGAUAUCUCUGGAUGUCAGAACGUAUCAAGUACUUGCAUUCGACAUUUGUGUACACUCUGUGGGCCAACACUGCGUACUCUUAAUAUUGCCUGGACUAAGAUAGAAUGCACUGCUUUUUUAUAUUUGUCUGGAUUGGGUCUUCCUGCUGCUGUAAGGUACUAUAAUGAAUUCACUGAUAAAAAAGCACCAAAGACUAGCACUCUUGCCCAAACACUCAAAGAGUUUGAUGACUUGUCAAGGAAAGUCAAACGGCUUUUUAACUGGAAACAUGAUAGACGUUCAGGUACUGAUCUGUUGUGUAGUAAUGCACAUAAAAGAAUCAAUGGCUCUAUACAGAAACAGGGUAAAAGUCAUUCUGAAAACAUAGUUCCAUGCUCAUUGAGUGAUGGAUCUGAGAAUUAUUGUCAGAAGGGACAGCAAGACCUACUUCUUAUGGAGAGGAGGACAGGCAACGAUACACACAGUACUGAAAGUCUUGCUGCCUCUUUGCAGUGCUCAAACCCAUCCAAAGUACUAGAUGCUCACUUUGAUAAUAAAGAAACUAUCCACAGUCAAGUCUUAAGUGACUUUUCAGAACCGCUCACAUUGAGCUCUGACCCCAUAAAUUUAAAUACUGGCACUGCUGAACAGGAGAGUACCUUUAAUGCAGUCGGCAUGCCACCAAACAAUGCUCUAGGAGACAGUGGCCCUAUUAUGGCAUUUUACAAACCAGCUAUCACCAGUUUCUGCUGCUGUGGGUAUGCUUUUGAUGAGGACCUUUGUCUUCUGUACUUUGAACAAUUUUUGUGCUCCAAUUCAAGUCUAACCAGCCUAAGAGUGUACGGUGGAAAAACCAGUCCCAUUGUGUCAGACAGGAUUUUGCAAAAAAUAGGCACUUUCUGCCCCGAACUUACUCAGAUAUCCCUUGAAGGCUGUGAUCGUAUAACUGAUGUGGGAAUUAUGCAGCUUAUGCAACUGAAUAACUUAACCGAAAUCGACUUUACAGGAGUACCCUUUAUUGAUGACAAUGUAAUUGCACCAUUAGUUGAAUUCUAUCAAUUGAGCCGUUUCCGGGUAGCUGAGACCAUGAUCACAAAUAACUCUUUACUUAUGAUAGCAUUAGGGCGCUUUCCACUUAAGCUCACAGAUCUAGACUUGUCUUGGUGUGAAGACAUCGAGUCUGAUGAUGGCCUAAAUGCAAUUGCUAGCAACUGUAGAAACUUACAGAAGCUGACGCUGAGAGAAAGCUGUGUGACGACCUUGACAUUGAACUUGCUGGCCCAGAAUUGUUCUAUGAUCACAGUGCUGAAUAUUUCCAGCAAUAUGAAUGCUGUUAAUGACAGUGCCUUGAUAAUGCUGUCAGAAAAUUUAACGCUUUUGGAAAAAAUUAAUCUGGACUGGAAUUCACAACUAACUGAUGGUGCCAUCCACGCUUUACUGACAAACUGUACUCGUUUGACCUAUGUAAAUUUGGAAGGUGUAAAAGAAAUCACAUCGGCGCCAUUUAUUAAAAUUAUCUCAAUUCCUGAGGAGUUGGCAAGUUUUCUUGAAGAAUAUAUCAAGAAAAAUCAAUUUGCCUUUGCUGAUGGAACUUUUAGCCCAAAUCUGGCCAAAUUUCCUUGCUUGCCCCAUCGGUCAACUACCUUCUGCACUGAGCUGAUGUACCUAAACUUGACCUACUGUGACUUCGUGGAGGAUGAUGUUCUCCAGAAUAUUGCAGCUGUGACUCAGGGCUCUCUUACGAUCAUUGAGUACUAUGGCCAAGAGGUGAAAGGCACUAUGGAGAACUUCAUUAACAAUACUUUUACAGACUCUAUUGUUGGAUCAUAAUGUUUGAAGAUUUCUGACGUCUGCCCUCACAAACAUUAUCAACAAUAACAGUUUUCUUAAUAUUUGAGGAUUCAGUCCACUAAAGGACUUUCAAACACAGUAUUUUGACUCUAAUAGAGUCAGAUUAAUAGAGUUUGACAUGAGCUCAACAGUAAUUAGAAUCAAUGCAUUAACACAGACUGAUGUCUAGUUCACACUUAUUGUCUGACUGGAUAUUAAUGUCAUGACACUCAGUGCAUAAUUUGAAGCGAUAACAUGUCUACUUGACCUCACUGCUUGAUUCUGAGGAAUGACUGAUGUUUGUACUUCAUUAAAAAAACCCAGCAACAAAUCAUUGAAGUAAGUACAGUGGAGCUGAGAUGGUUCUGAUGACAGACCAAGCCAGCUUCUCUAGCUCUUGCACAAAGAUAAUCAGCCAUUUUUUUUACUUUCCUGGCAUUGAAGCUUUCUUGAUACCUUUUGGUUGGUGCCUUAAUUUACUAUAAAUGUAUAGACAAUGGAAGGACAAUAACUUUUUAAGUUAUUUUGUCAACAUUGAACUUGUAAUGAUGUCAUGAUCUUUGUCACUCACAAAUUAUAAAGACAAAUUUGUGAGCACUGAAACAACAUAUGCUGUUUUGAGGGCAUACAUACUUAUAUCUACUUAAUGUACAUAUGAAAUGUAUAUUAUCAUUUACCAUUCUUACUGUAAAGAAGUAAAUUUUGUAAUGUGAGUGAAAAUGCAGUGGUUAUUAUUGCAAGGGGAAUUAAAAAGCAUUCCAUGUAAUUCUUGUUCCUUUAAUGUCAUUCUCUGAAGCAUUGUUUUACAUUUAUUCUAUUCCACAUCUAUUUGGUUUCUAUAAAAUUUAAUUUCAGAAGUUAUUAUCAGAAAUAAAAUAGUCUUCAUAUUGAGCUAUGAGAUUAAUUAUGUUUUUAGCUGUGGAAAAAUAGUUGUUAGUCUGUAGACUUCAUGUUUUGUAAAAGCUAACUCAUCGCUGCUCCGUCAGACAUCACUUUUUUAAAUGUUAAUAAUAAUCCAAGUUCUUUAUUGUUACACAUUAUCUUUGGUUACAAUGCAGAAAUUUGUUUUAAGUUGUAUAGAUUCUGCUAUAGUUUGUAACUUCAUGUUUGUUUUAUAAAUUUGUCUAUACUGUAGUUCCAAAUAUUAAUUAAAGAACCAUAACUCACUUUUUAAAAUUAAACUUUGACAACACAAAUAUGUAAAGGAUUGUUUAAGGUAAUCUUGCAAUAUUAGAUUACCUUUUCUUGUUCUGUUAUAAAAGUGAUUCAGCCUUUUCCAAUUAGACAUUUAUAACUCAAUCUCAUGUGCUACUGAUGAUUUCCACAGACUUUUGUGUGCUUUCAUUCCAUAUGUAUGUACAUAUAGAUUUAUCUAAAUAAUAAUCUUCUAUAUCGGGUUGUUUCUUAACUUAUUUUCAAGCCUGGCCUAGAUCCAGAAAUUGACUUAUGUGUACGUUUUUUUUGUUUCUGAUAUAUAAGUCAAAGCAAUCCUCUCAAAAUUUUUUAUAAUGAAGUCCAAUGUGUAUAAGUCAUGUACAUAGAUUAUUAUGAUUAUAAGCUUGUACAUUUUUUAAAAUCAGUAUUGUUUUAUACCAUUAAGGUGAUCAUUGAGACUCCGUUAAACAUAUAUUUACAGUUUAUGUGAAGUUUCGCUAAUGAUAACAGUAAAGCAUACCAUAUCUAUUACAUGUGCAAUCAAGGAACUGAAGGUCUAUUCAGAUUUCACCCAACACAAAGUAUGCACCAUUUUUUUUAAUGCUAAAUUAUUAUUUUCUAAUUUUUGUGUGUGUUUUAACUAGGUUUUAAAAUAUAUUUUGAAUGUAUUUUUUUCUGAAUGCUAUAAAAAAAAGAAUACUGACAAGGCUUAACUAAUCAAUACAAAA